AUGCAGACGGCGCGCAACAGCUCUGUUCGCUCAGAGCCCUCUGAUGGGGGCGAUGGGCACCUCUCCACGCCGCAAUCACUCGCCCACGCGCUCACCCUCCGACGAUCCGAGUACAUGGGCCAGCGCAAGCUCCGGGUCAAGAUCGGCUCAUGGAAUACCGCAGGCUGUACUGGCACGGACAAGGAUGUCGGCAGCUGGUUCUUUCGUGACGAGGGCCUCACGCAUCCUCUUGACCGGCUACAAGUCUCCCCCAAACCAAAUGAGCCAAAACAUGCCGCCGCCAUCGACCUCUACGUUCUUGGCCUCCAAGAGGUCGUUGACUUGAACACCACCAAGGAAUACGUCAGUCGAGUCUAUACCGAGAGCAAUAACCAAAUCACAAAGUGGAGGUCGGCUGUAGAAGCGGCCAUCCCCAGCGGCUACGAGUUUGUCUCGGCCGAGCAAAUGGUCGGGCUGUUGACGCUUGUCUAUGCUUCGAGUGACAUUGUCAAGCACAUCUCCAAUGUCAGUACCCAGCAAAUCGGCACGGGACUGCUAGGCUAUUUUGGUAAUAAAGGUGCCGUGGCGACCCGGAUUGUCAUCGGAGAAACCACGCGCAUGGUCUUUGUCAACUCUCACCUGGCUAGUGGUGCAGGCCCGAGCUACCUUGACCGUCGCUGCUGGGACGUGGCGCAAAUCGCUUCCAAGAUGCAGUUUGAUCCGCUGGUGAACAACGGUGUCCUUGACGAUGCUGGCGAUCAGUUCGGCGACGAGGACUUUACAUUUUGGUUUGGUGACUUGAACUUUCGCCUCGGGAGCCUCCCCGGCGACGACAUCCGAAGGAUAUUGACGCUACAUACGCGUGGCGAAUACGACGUCGGCAGCAACAAGCCUCCAGAGCCUCUUGACGGCGAACCUGUUAUUGUUAUGAGGGAUUCGGAAAGCGACGGCGAGACCACAACAACUUCCUCCAUCAGCUUCAACACGGAGCAGAGCCUUGAUUCAGAAACAUCGCUACCCGACCCAGACGACUUUCCAGAGGACCCUAGCCAAGACCCGGCUUCGUUACAGGCAACACUAGAUUCAUUGUUGCCUCAUGAUCAGCUGCGCCAAGUCAUUGCGAGUCGCAAGGCUUUUCAUGACGGAUGGAAGGAAGGCCCAAUCACGUUUCUACCUACAUAUAAAUAUGAUGUCGGCAGUGUGGCGCUGUUUGAUUCCAGUGAAAAGCGACGGGCUCCCAGCUGGUGCGAUCGCAUACUGUACCGGACCCGAGAGUACAAGCAAGCAUUCGAGAAAAAGGUCGUGGAUGAAGAGGCGGCGAGGAAGAAGGAUGACGAAAUGAAGUCUCGCGGAAUGGACGCAGACGAGGACGUACUGUUUAGCUACGACCCAGAGGACGAUAAGGAAGAGCAAGAACCAGGAACAUCUACCAACAGAGGCUACCAGUAUGACGAAUACGACGACGACGACGACCAACCAGAGCCUGGAAGCGUGGCUACAGACCGGGUCAACCUGGAACUAUAUACCUCCUAUCAACGAAUCACUUCAUCCGACCACAAGCCACUGUCGUCGAUAUUCAUGCUCACUUGUGACUGCGUGGCCCCGGAGGAGAAGGCCAAGGUCCAUGCCGAAGUCGCGCGCCAACUUGAUCGCGCUGAGAACGAAGGACGCCCUGUCAUUACUCUCGUACUCGAGGGAGAUGCGACACAAGACGCCAACAUUGUAGAGCUGGGAGACCUCAGUUUCUUGGCAACGAAGAGCAAUUCCCUUACAAUUGCCAACACGGGCGGUGUACCAGCGAGCUUUUCUUUCAUGGACAGACCAUCCAUGGACAACUCUGACAGCGGCCUACAGUCGCACGACUGGCUUACAACGACAUUCGUCAAGUCCGACGACAGUGGUGAGGCUGUUGGGCCAAGCGUCAUGCUUGAACCAGGAGAAACUGUGACGGUGGUUCUCGACGGCCAGGUGUCGUCGAUGCCAUUUCUACGGGCCCUCAACAACGGGCAUGCAUCGCUUGAAGAGGUCCUUGUCCUCCGUGUCGAUAAUGGCCGAGACCACUUUAUUACCGUGCGCGGCCAAUGGCUACCAAGCUGCUUUGGACGGUCGAUCGAUGAGCUCAUUCGCGUACCCGAGGGCGGCAUCCGUAGGUUCUUGCAAGACAAGAAGAUACACGGAGCGAUCCCCUACGACUCCGAUGUCCACUGCUCAGCGCCGCGCGAGCUGUUCAAGCUCACCGAACUUAUCCAGACGCUGGCCGAGCGCUGCGCCGCCGACGCCAGCAUCCUGGAGGACAUGUCGCUACCAUCCGACGCCGGCUGGCCCUUUGACGCUGGGACGUGCGCUCUCGGGAGCCACGAAAAGCAAGCCGUGCAGUCGUGCGUCAUUGCCGCGCUGGACACGGAUGGCGCCAUUGCCGAGGUGCUACCUAUUGAGCUGUCGUCGCCGCACAAGCUCGAACUCGUAUCUUCGGUGCUGCUCCUCUUCCUCGCGUCCCUGACCGACGGCCUCGUGACGGCGCAAAUGUGCGCGCGCCUGUCCACCACCAUCCCGCCCCUGGCCACGCUCCCGCCGAGCGCGUGGCCAGACACCAAGGUGCAGAUUCUCGACGUGCUGUCUGCGGCGCCCAACCACAACAUUGCCUUUGUCUUUUUGACGUCGACCGUAGCGCGCGUGGCCCGCGAGCUGACGCCCCCUGCUACGACCGCGUCUCGCGCCGAGGGCCAGCAGCGGCGGCUGAGUUUUCGCAAGAGCGGCGGCGGCGGCGGCGGCGAGACGAACGGUGGCGGCGCCGCGGCCAAGAGGCGACGGCGCUACGCGGAGCUGCUGGCGCCGCUGACGUUUCGGAGCGGUGAGCCCAGGGAUAGAGUGACGCGGGACAGGGAGCGCGCGACGCUGGAGCUGUUUUUGAGCCUGGAGCCGCAGGACUAG